AUGGAAGAUACUACUGCAAAGAGCAACAUAAGCAAUGAAGACGAUGACCAGUCGAUGCAACCUCCUUCCGCAAUGCUGUCUCUCCUGGACAAGUAUUCCAGGAUGGAGGCCCAAAUGACACAUGUGCGUCAAGAGACCACGCGAAUUCAGUUAGAGAUUCAGGCACGAAAUUCUAGUGCUGAAAAGCUUUCGGAAGAACGCCAAGGGAUGAUUGUAGAGCAAGAACGUUUCUCCAAAGAAACAAAGAUCCUCCAAGAAGACGCCAAGAUAGCUCGUCAAAAGCUAAAUUCAAUCCAACAAGAGGCACUGCAAGCAAAACAAAGGAAGGAAGAAGCGCGGCGAAACUUGGACAGACUAGAAAUGCAAUCGAAAGAAUAUCGACGACGGUUCUUCCAUUCCUCACAAUCCUUUCGGAACGAGUGCAAGAAACGCAAAAUUACCUGUCAAGCAUUGGGAUUGACCCAUGCACCUUUGGUUGCUCAUGCGAUGGUAUUUCAGCCUCAAAUGUUUUCCUCUUUUCAUAAUAUCAAUAACCCAGACGAAAUCCAGAGCGAGAACCAAGAUGGGGAGCACAGUUGUCUAAUUAAACAACUGAAGGCGUUGGAAGCAUCUCAUUCAGCUUCCAAACAGCGACGGGAACAACUCAAAAAACAAAAGGACGACCUUUUGAGCCGAUCAAGGGAUCGACGUCAACGAAAAACUAGUCUUGAAGCACAGCUGGGUCGUAUUUUGAAGGAUAUUGACAUGCUCAAUAGUCGAAUCCAAGGCGAGAAGCGACCUACUACUAUUUCCACUCAGGCCGUAACAAAUUCGAAUUCCACUUUUGUACUUCCAGCAGCACGAACUACUGCAGGAGAUGCCAGUAAGAUACUUUUGAACAAUCCCGAAAAUCGAGUGCCAAAGGCUCUGACGCUACCACAGAACAAUAUCCUCAUAGAGUGGGGCGUCAACGAGCUCCUCGGGAUUUUGGACUGUCUCUGCGCAUUGAAGACGGCACUGAUGAUUCGGAUGAUGAUGAUUUACUAUCAUUUGUUGUCUUUCGCAAGUAAUCAUCGUGAAUUUUGGAAAACCUGA